AUGAGGGCUGCUGGUACGGACAACGUUAAUGCUGGUGCUUUCUACAUGAAUGUUUCCAGGCCAGCUGAGCAGCCAAGGGAUUGCAGGACCCGUAUAGCCAUCAGCCGGAUUCCCCGACCAAUGAACGCCUUCAUGGUGUGGGCCAAAGAUGAAAGGAAGAAGCUAUCCCUGCAGAACCCCAACCUUCAAAAUACAGAGCUCAGCAAACUCUUGGGGCGUUGUUGGAGAUCCCUUACUGUGGUGCAGAAGCGACCAUAUAUUUUAGAAGCAGAGAGGCUACGAGUGGAGCAUAUGUUGGAAUACCCUAACUACAAAUACAGGCCGCGACGAAAAAGCCAAACCCGUGGUCCGUACAGGAAUGGCAUUUCCAUUCAUGUAGAGAGCAUUGAACAACAGGAAUCUGUUCGCCAAGAUAAGAAAUUUUCCAUCAGCAAACAAGCGAUUGACCAGAUUGCUCACCCACACCAUCUCCCUGAAGCGAAUCCACUCAACAAGCAGGAAAUAGGUCCCUUAGAGAAACAGCCUUUGAUCACCAGCUCCCAAACUACUCGACCAGAAUGCAGGGCAGAAACAGAGAGUGGGCUGACUGGUAUAGAAUGCCCGAUCUCCCAUCCAGGUUACGGAUUUCCUCAACCUGAUACAAGCCUCUACUGCAGUUCGUCCUAUCAGCUGAGCCCCGUGCCCCCUCCUCAGAGAUCAACAGUUUGUUGUCACAAAGUGGCAGAACCCUCUCUAUUGCUUGAGAACUUGACCCAGUAUUGUGCCCAGAGCUCUCAAACCAUGCAGCCGCUGAAUGACAUGGAAGUCCUGGACAACCUGUGCUACUCUGACCUGCUAGCUGAUGUGGAUCGCAAUGAGUUCGACCAGUACCUGAACAAUGACUCCUGGGCUGAUCCACUUGGGCAUCUUCUAAAUGGAAAGGUCUCUGACAGCAAUGAGACGGAUGAAAUUGACCUUGUGUCUGUGUUGGCAGAUGUGAAUACAGCCUAUUAUAAUACUAUUUCUAGAUUCAUCUGA